CAAACCUAACCUAGUUAUUGUAGUAUAGUUAGCUUUAGAUAUGUAUAAGAAUGAAUAUUGUAUUAAUGAGGGUAAUCUGGCAGUCCGCAAUAAAUGGUCGAAUAGAAUACACGCGUUUCAUUGUGCUCCUUGCUAAGAUACAUUACAGUGGCGACGAGGAUACUUUUAACUCGCUGUGUUAUUUUGUAGAAUUUAUACCGUGGCUAGUGGACAAUCUGACAAUAUGUCGAUAGGCCGAUUGAGUGAGUUCGAUGUUCAAACGGGACAGUGGUCGUCAUACAUUGACAGAUUGGAUAUGUAUUUCAAAGUGAACAAGAUAACGGAUGACUUGAAACUGCCGACGAUGAUUGCUACCAUGGGGGACGAAGCAUAUGAGUUACUAGUCAACCUAGCUAGUCCAAACAAACCCUCGGAUUUAGUUUACCAGGUAGUGGUUGAUAUGAUGCGUAAUCAUCUGCAACCUACGCCGUCGUCGUUAGCGGAGCGGUUUCGUUUUCGUCAGAAAAGACAAGGAGCGGAGGAGGAUAUAGCAGCUUACGUCGCGGAAUUGAAAAAAUUAGCUCGGAAUUGUAAGUUUGCAGCUAAUUUGAAUGAAAAUCUACGGGACCAGUUUGUAUGUGGACUUAAGAGUGACGUCAUCAGGCAACGGUUAUUCGGUGAAGAUGACUCAGUGACUUUCGUGGAAGCCGUUAAGUUAGCUACCUCGUUGGAGGCGGCGGAGCGGGAUGCGGCAGUGGUGGAGAGUGCUGCAUCAACAAACGAGACGGGGUCCAACAAGACGAGUGCGGUACAUACACUUAUGCAAUCGAGGCGAGGCGGCGGGGGCGGGCGGCUGCGCGGUCGCCGCCGGUCGGCCGGCAUGCGCCCGACAUUCACUACAGCCGGCGCGGCUACGACGUACGAACGUGGGAGCCGGGCGAACUGUGCGGCUUGUGGAGCUACGAACCAUGUGUAUGCAGACUGUCGCUUUCGGGAUUACAGAUGCAGUCUAUGUAAGCAUAUUGGACACUUGCGACGAGUUUGCUCAUGGGAUGAUGGCAAACUGUCGCGAGGAGUAGUCACGGAUCGUCGUGAGAGACAGAAGGAAGGCUUUCAUUACAAUGACGCUGACCGGGAGACGAGCGACGAGGAGGAGGAAAACAUUGUGGAAAAUUUAAACCUUAUGGGACUGGACAGUUAUAAAGCAAUAUGAGGCGCUAUUUGACGGUAGAUUGGGGCGGUACACGGGAGGCAAGGCGACGCUGCGUGUGCGGGACGGAGCGACGCCGGUGUUUCAUCGUGCGCGGCCUGUACCUUACGCACUGCGCGAACGCAUAGACGCGGAGCU